AUGUUCCUCAGGCUGGUCUUGGUUACUCUGCUGAUCUUACGCACCGUGUCUGCCAGUAUCUAUCCGACAUUCCCUGUGGCGAGUUCUGUUAUGCAUGCUGGUCGACUGAACGCUCUCCGCUGGACUGAUGACAAGAAGCGACCGUCAGUCAAAACGAUGGGCCCGGUCAGGGUUGAUCUAUACGCGGGCGAUAGAUACGUCACGAAUCUGGCGGACGGAGUUGACCCGAAGUCCCUCGCGGCCGACAUUUGGAUCUCUCCGGCGUGGGGGUACAAUGGCCCGGAUUACACCAUACGUUUCACUUGCGAGCAGCCUCGCCACGUAGUUUGGACGGCUGACUUCGCCGUUACAGGCAUGUCAAGCCUUGCUCCCCUCGAUGGACCCACAAUCGAUGCUCACAACGAGAGUGCCGUGAGCAUCUCAUACGUCACGCCGAAGCUGACCGUCGUCCUUCCGGGAACAACUACAACGUCAACAUCGCAGUCUAUGCCCACCACACUAGAGCCGUCGAUGACUGCUCCCCCGAUCUCAAACCUGGACGGCGGUCAACACAUGGCUCACGGCAAGACGGGCUCGGCGGCUGCAGGGCUCCGCAAACGGCCGACAGUUGAUUUGGAGCGGCUUAAGUUCCGAUUCGUGUUCAUCUUCUGGCCGACGCUCAUCGGCAUCACUAUGGCUCUCUAG